AAAAAAAGCGAGAGCGAGAGAGACUGUUGGGACAUCUCGCGAGUUGUGGCUACAGACAGUUGAACUUGAACAACGUCAUGGCGAACGCAGUUAUUAAUUCUAUCGUGGCAUUAAAAGAAAUACCAUUCAGCCGUCGUAGUAAUCAGGAUAAAUUGGCAAUUAAAGAGUUAGGGCCACCAAGACCAAAUUUAAAGAUAAAACAAGUAUCUACAAAGGGCGGGAAAUCAUAUCAUAGAGGAUUCUCGAGGAAUUGGUACGAGCGGAUAAAAUGGCUAGCAGGGUGCGAAGUAGCUAAUGCUUUAUUCUGCUACCCCUGCAUUCUCUUCCAUCCUGAGAACGGGACGGACAUCGCAUGGACAACUACAGGUGUCACCGAUAUGCAUCAUCUCUCCGAGAAAGUGAAAAAACAUGAAACGGCGAAGAUGCAUAUGGACAGUUGCCUAAAAUUGGCGGCUUUCGGGAAAGUCAAUAUUGCCACACAGUUGGACGACAGUUACCGGAUAGCUGUACGUCGUCACAAUGACGAGGUUAGUAAGAACCGCCACAUUCUAGGCCGUCUCAUCGACUGUGUUAAGUUUUGUGGCCUGUUCGAAUUAGCAUUGAGGGGCAAAGAUGAGAGCGAAGGCUCAAGCCACGCUGGCAUUUUUCGUGGACUGGUCAACUUGGUAGCAUCGCUUGACGAGGUGUUUGAGGAGCACUUGAAAACUGCCACAGUCUUUAAAGGUACAUCAAAGACUGUACAAAAUGAGCUGUUGGAUUGCAUGCUGUCAGUCAUCAGGGAGCAUAUAAUGGAAGAGGUGAAGUCAGCUAGAUUCGUAGCAAUUCAAGCAGAUGAGACUACUGACGUUUCUACACAGACUCAGUUAGUGCUUGUGUUCAGAUACAUCGACACGAACCAUGUUGUGCAAGAACGUUUCUAUGAGUUCAUCCCCAUCUUGAAUACAACAGCCGAGUCGAUUGCCAGUGUGAUUCUGGAGAGGCUGAACAGUCUUUUCACUGAUGAUGACGGAGGCAAACUCAUCGCGCAAGCAUACGACGGGGCAAGUGUGAUGAGGGGAGAGCGGGCUGGUGUGCAGCAAAAGGUGCGUGAACAUUAUGAAAAUGCACAUUAUGUCCAUUGCUAUGCACACCAGCUGAAUUUGAUCAUGCAGCAAGCUACAUCUCAAACUCCAGCAGUUAGAGUAUUCUUUUCUGAUCUGAGUGGCAUUACCAGCUUUUUUACCCGGUCACCAAAACGUACUACUAUUCUCGACGAGAUUGUUGCACGAAGGCUGCCAAGAGCCUCAUCCACAAGAUGGAACUUUAAUAGCAGAAUCGUGAACACUGUAUACGAGAACCUAGAUGACCUUAUAGAGUGUUUCAGCUGUAUUGUGACUGACAGCUCAUUUGAUAGCAACACGGUGAGGGAGGCGUCUGGCUUUCUGAGGAUGCUGCAAGAUGAAGACUUUCAGUUUUUUCUGCAUCUGUUUCAUCAAAUCAUGCCUCACGUUGACGUGAUGUACCAGCAGCUGCAGAAGAAGAACAUUGAUGCAGUCUUCAUCAAACAAGCCCUCCAGAACUUCACAAUGAAAGUGCAGUCCAUCAGGUAAGAUCAUAUCAUUCCUUCUCUAUAUAGGAUUAUGGCAUUUAAAAAUGUAUGCUAUAUGGUAACAAGAUUUAGACACUUAAAAGUGGUGAACUAAUUUAAUCAUCUGCAUCUUUGGAAAUUGUAAUGACCUUGUCUGUAACAAAGUUUAGCAAUCUUUUGAAGUAUUCUCAGAAAAUAUAUCUAAAACAGAAUAUUUGUGUUGCUUCUGUUUUUUUAAGACAUGAAUAAGUAUUUUCAAUGACAUGAGAUUAUUCAUAAAACAUGUUUUAUUCAUAAAAACACUGUUGAUCUGUGUUCAGGGACCAAAGCUCAUUUCAGGAACAGGAGCAAGUAGUAAAAGAAAAAACAAGAUCUAGGAGGGCCUUGGGAGAAGACGACAAGCAGAGGCUGUCUAAAGAGGUCUGCGACACAAUCUUGGUCCACACCAAAGAAAGGUUCGCCUUUACCGACCACCUUGUAAGUGCCACGCUGCUACAAGGAGAGCUGUUUCAACAGCAUGGCCAUACAUUCCCUGUUGAGGCUCUGAACAUCACUGUCAGGGCAUACCCGAUGUUAAAUAAGGCGAAGCUGAAGACUGAACUGUCUCUCAUUUAUGAGAGUCCAGAAUUCAAGGGCUGCUGUGGUGCACUGGCGCUGUACCAGGUUUUGCUGAAGUACAACCUCCAGGAUACUUUUACAGAGACUGUUGCUCUGUUGAACAUCCUCAUAAGCACUCCUAUGACAACUGCUGAAGCUGAGAGGUGUUUCUCAACCUUAAAGAGAAUCAAGACAUUCCUGAGAAAUGUAAUGGGACAGGAACGUCUGAAUGCACUGGCUAUGCUUUCGAUGGAGAGGGAACUAGUCAGGAAUAUACCUGCUUUCAAUGAGAGAGUAAUUGAUCACUUUGCUUCUUUGAAAGAGAGAAGAGCAAAAUUUCAGUAUAAAUAAGCACUGUAUUAAAGGGUUAGUUCACCCAAAAAUGAAAAAUAUGUCAGUAAUUACUCGCCCUCAUGUUGUCCCAACCCCGUCAGACCUUCGUUCAUCUUCGGAACACAAAUUAAGAUAUUUUUUGAUUAAAUCUGAGAGCUGGAUCACUCCUCCAUAGGCUUCUAAAGGACUGAAACUUGCUGGCCCAGAAAAGUUAUUUAAGAGAUUGUUAAUAUAGUCCAUUUCAGUCCUUUAGAAGCCUAUGGAGGAGUGA